CCCAUCGCCGCGUCUGGUCCCGCGAUCCCGCGUCUGCCGCGUCAUCGACAUGAACGCCGGCGUCGAGAGGCUCGUGAUAUACGCCGUCUCCUUCCUCGCGCCGCUCACGCUCUACUUUGCUGUCUUCCGUCGUCGUCGCUCCUCGACGCCAUCAACCGCGUCCACGACCGUUGCUUCCAGUUCCGCUGCACAGGCUACCCCCAAGUCCAUCAUGCAAGCCGAGAACCCGAACCUGCUCCCGCCCAAGGACGACCCGUUCACGCUCGCGGACCUCGCCGCGUUCGACGGGACGGACCCGGCGAAGCCGAUCUAUGUGUCGAUUAAGGGCACCAUCUUCGACGUCUCCCCUAAACGCGACGUCUACGGCCCCGGCCGCUCCUACGGGCUCUUCGCCGGCAAGGACGCGUCCCGCGGUCUGGGCAUGUCCUCCCUCCGGCCCGAGCACGCGGUGCCGGAUUAUGAUGGGCUGAGUGAGGGCGAUCGGAAGGUGUUGGAUGAUUGGUGGGGGUUUUUUAGCAAACGCUACAACAUCGUCGGCCGCGUCAUCGACCACCCGACGCACCUGCGGCAGCAGCAGGCGGGGGAGGGUGGGGAGGCGCAGGGUGGGAAGGGGAAGGGUGGGGCGGCGAGUUUGUGAUGAGGGUGGGGAGGGGAAGGGUGGGCAGGCGAGUUUGUGAUGAGGAUGGGCGGGACGUUCUUUGUGUACUGGCAGCGCAGAGGCCGACCGCCCCGCGUGCUUCGUAACCUGACCACCCUCCGCGCGUCCUGAUGUCGGUGUCUCCCAAGUUGUACAAAUACCGGAAUAUAUGCAAGGCUUCUGACUGGA